AUGUCACAAGAAUUGCCCACGUUUGAAAUUCAUUCAGAUUCCUUCAAGGAAGUAAUUGUCGUUGGCGGCGGAACAUGUGGUCUCUCUGUAUGUGCAAGGUUGUGCGAAAGAUGUCCCGCUUCGAUAUUCACUGAAGACGAACACCAGAGAGUUCACUGGUUGCAUAAUAGAGGUGCUAAGGUUGAUCUUAUCAAGCGUAGACUAUCAAACACCAAGUAUGGCAUGCUCAAAAAACCAGAUCGCUAUGUUCAAAAAAAUUUUGCAGCCAGUGAUUUGUUAGUCCUUGAUGCAUUUUCAGACAAAUUUAUGGCCCAAUGGGAUAGUCAAUUUGAAGCCUUUCGUAUUCCCUUCCUUAGAUCCCCUAUGUUUUUUCAUGUUGACCCGCAGAAUGUUGAUGGGUUGGUUUCCUAUUCGCAUAUGAAUGGCCGAGAGAAGGAUCUCAAAGAGAUAAAGAAUGUGGUAGGUAAAGAGUAUUCAAAACACCAAUUGAAGAAACUCACGAAGAAAAAAAUGAAAGAAAAAAGGUGUCCCGCUCCUAGCGAACAGGACGACUUCAAUCAUGACAGACCAGGAUUAAUCGAUAUUAAUAUGCGUGAUUGGAAAGACUACUACAGGCCCUCGACAAAAUUAUUCCACGAGUUUUGUCACGAUAUCAUCAACAAGUACCAACUCAAAGAUAUCGUGAAGAAAGAUCGAGUUGUGAAUAUUCAAUACGGUUACAUUGAAAUGCUUGACACCAAUCAGACAGGAAAAGGGUUUUUAAUCGAGACUGAAUCGGGCAACAGAUUCGGUUGCAAGGCAUGUAUAACCGCAUGCGGGCACGAAGGAAAACCUGCUUAUCCUAUAGCCCCUUUUGUGGAGGCUCCACAUUAUCCUUAUGGAAGCUGCCACACUUCACAUAUUAUCAAGAAGCAAGUUUGCUUUCCUUCGCCAGAGUUGAUCAAGAAAGUGAAGCAAGGAAAACAAACAAAAGUUGUCAUUGUUGGGGGCGGUUUAACUUCUGCUCAGCUUGCAGACACGGCGAUAAAGGAAGGUGUUGGCAAAGUCUACCUCGUCUUGAGAAGUAAUUUGAAAAUCAAGCAUUUUGAUUUCCAUUUGGACUGGGUUACCAAGUUUAGAAACGUCAAGAAGAUGUCAUUUUAUCUCAAAGAUACUGACGAAGAGCGCUUCCAAAUGAUUCAGGAGGCAAGGGAGGGGGGCUCAGUCAACCCAGAAUACUACAAGAUUAUCAUGAACCACAUCCAAAGUGGUAAAUUAGAGGUACAUAUGUAUACAAACAUCGUGGAUCAACUGUGGAAUGCAGAAUUGAAUAAGUGGGAUUUAAGGCUCGAGUCGCGGGACGAGACCUCACGGCGUCCUCGAUUCAACGAAAAGCACCAAGGGACUUGGAGCUUGGAUGAAGUGGAUUAUAUUUGCUUUGCAACUGGAAUGCAAGCUGAUAUCCAUGCUCUUCCUUGUUUCAAAUCCUUGAUGGAGUCUCACCCUAUCCGCACGGUUAAUGGUUUACCAUGUCUCACGGACAACUUGCAAUGGAACGAUGAAGUUCCUUUAUUUAUGGUUGGUAAGUAUGCCGGGCUACGCACUGGGCCAGCUUCAGCUAAUUUGGAUGGUGCUAGGCUUGGAGCAGAACGUAUAGGGUGGUUUAUUCAGGACAUGAGGGAACGGGGAUUUUUUGAUUGGAACAUCGAAAACAAAGAUAUCUAUUCCCUUAGCAACGACGACUGGCAAGAUGCGGAUGCGAGCCAAUUUCAGCUAUCUAGUCUCGAAAAAAGGAUGCAAUUGGCAAGUGGACAAAUGAACUGGUACUCGCUCUUGCAAGAGGCUUAG